AUGUGUUCAUUAAUUUUUCGAACGUAUAAGAAUUCCCAUGAGGAGCAUAGCAUGGCUCUUAUUAGUUCUCCUUAUUCGUGUCCAGUUAUGCCAACAUGUUCUAUACAGUUGGCCCACAUAUGCGCCCUAUGCAAAGUUUAUAAUGCAACAAAGGACACAUGGUUCUAUGCAGCAUCCGGAUGGAAUGCAAAAUGGAAUAACAGGAAAAGUCUUUGCUACUGCUGUAUGUUCAAAUUAUACAGGUAUAUUCUUACUACAUAUAAAAAGGAAAAUAACAUCGACCCCACCUUUUUCAUUUUUUACAUUUUUGUUUCCGUCUUAAUAUGCCAGUUCGGCAAGUCUCAAAGACAUUUUUAA